CGCGUCCACGUCUCCCUCCCGGCGCGUUCCCGAGCAGCCAGAGCUCAGUGGAGCAGCUCUCCGUGUGAAGUUGAUCCUCUCCGGCGGCGUCGUUGGCCGUUUCCUGCAAUCUUCUCUCCGCUCCAACAUGCGUCUCCUCCCGCGGACAUGGGAUCUAUCUGCCCCGAGUGGGAACUAAUCGCCGGCUCUGCUGCUGCUGCUCGUGUCCUGGUCUCCUUCAGCCGGGGAAACCCUGCAGAGCGACUCUGAGCCUUUUCCAUUGACACCGAGCCUCCGCCCCCCCCCCCUUUCCUCUCUUUAAUUGCUUCAUUUAUGGACUGCAGAAGCUCUGAGUGAGAGAGUGUUUUGUGAUAUUUUCCGUGGACACAGCUGAAGAUGGAGACGGUGAUGGAGAGGGAGUGCAGCGCGCUGGGGGGGCUUUUCCAGACUGUCAUAGGAGACAUGAAGGGCAGUUAUCCUGUCUGGGACGACUUCAUCAGCAAGGCCAGCAAGCUGCAGUCACAGCUCAGGACGACGGUCGUCGCGGUUGCAGCCUUCCUGGACGCCUUUCAGAAAGUGGCCGACAUGGCGACCAACAGUCGAGGUAGUGUGUGUGUGUGUGUUUUCUUCUCUUCAGUGCCUCAUAUUUUGAAGAACUCAUUUUGUUUUAGUUUCUCUCGAAGCUGUUUUUCCGAUCAGAAAUUGAAUUUCCAGUAUUAAUUAAAUGUAAUAAACUGUUGGGGAGGAAGCUUAAAGAGACAGUUUGGAUAUCCUUUUGAAGUGAAGGGUGUUUCAGGUACUUUGGUUAAAGUUUGUAUUGUUUCAUCUCAUACAUCAUCCAGACUUUAUGCUGAUAAACGACCUCGAUAACAAACCAAUAUACCGAUGAUGGUGGACUCUUUCUUUGUGAUCGUCAAUCCCCCCGGAAGGUCUAGAAUGAUCCGUGUUGUCAUUGUGGUGAAGCAGUUUGCACGUUUUCUAUUGAUUUGUACGUUUCCAUUAUUGACAAAUGAUCGGAGGUGGCUGUCUUCCCGAUCGCCAGACUGGAAACAUCGAUAGAGUUUACUUCCUGGAUUGAUUAGAUGAAGCAGAAGGAUUGAUGGGCAGCUCAGUGUUUAAACCUUCAUGGCAACCAUUCUAAGUAACUCCAGCUCUUCAUGGAUUCAGUCAGUCUAUUUUGCUUUGGAGAAACUAUACCUUUAAGUGUGUGUGUGUGUGUGUGUGUGUGUGUGUGUGUGUGUGUG